GAAACUCAGAGCCAGACUAUAUCACGGCCCCAGUCAGUCCAACCUGCCCCACUGCUCCCUGCCUUUCUUAGGGAAAACCCUGCAGAGACCCUGCUUCACAUCGUGCUACCAUCCCCCGUGGGGAAUCCCUGCACGGACACCCUGCUUCACCCCGUGCUACCAUCCCCCAUGGGGAAUCCCUGCAUCGACACCCUGCUUCACACCGUGCUACCAUCCCCCAUGGGGAAUCCCUGUAGGGACACCCUGCUUCACACCCUGCUACCAUCCCCUGUGGGAAAUCCCUGCACAGACACCCAGCUUCACACCGUGCUACCAUCCCCCACGGGGAAUCCCUGCAUGGACACCCUGCUUCACACCGUGCUACCAUCCCCCACGGGGAAUCCCUGCACGGACACCCUGCUUCACACCCUGCUACCAUCCCCCACGGGGAAUCCCUGCACAGACACCCUGCUUCACACCAUGCUACCAUCCCCCGUGGGGAAUCCCUGCACGGACACUCUGCUUCACCCCGUGCUACCAUCCCCUGUGGGGAAUCCCUGCAUGGACACCCUGCUUCACACCCUGCUACCAUCCCCCACGGGGAAUCCCUGCACAGACACCCUGCUUCACACUGUGCUACCAUCCCCCAUGGGGAAUCCCUGCACAGACACUCUGCUUCACACCGUGCUACCAUCCCCCACGGGGAAUCCCAGCACGGACACCCUGCUUCACCCCGUGCUACCAUCCCCCAUGGGGAAUCCCUGCACGGACACUCUGCUUCACCCCGUGCUACCAUCCCCCACGGGGAAUCCCUGCAUGGACACCCUGCUUCACACCGUGCUACCAUCCCCCAUGGGGAAUCCCUGCACGGACACUCUGCUUCACCCCGUGCUACCAUCCCCCACGGGGAAUCCCUGCACAGACACUCUGCUUCACACCCUGUUACCAUCCCCCAUGGGGAAUCCCUGCACAGACACCCAGCUUCACACCGUGCUACCAUCCCCCGUGGGGAAUCCCUGCACGGACACCCUGCUUCACACCCUGCUACCAUCCCCCACGGGGAAUCCCUGCACGGACACCCUGCUUCACACCCUACUACCAUCCCCCAUGGGGAAUCCCUGCACGGACACCCUGCUUCACCCCGUGCUACCAUCCCCCACGGGGAAUCCCUGCACGGACACCCUGCUUCACACCCUGCUACCAUCCCCUAUGGGGAAUCCCUGCACGGACACCCUGCUUCACACCGUGCUACAGCCCCCAUAGGGGAAUCACAUCAGAGCAUCCCUCUGUAUCCCAGAAUAGAUCUGGCUCCGGUCCCACACUGUGUCUCAGAGCUGGUGCCCAGGGCUACAGCUGCCCAGGCUGCGCUGCCCAACACGGGCACAGUUAGUGACCAUGAAGAGCGUUCUCCUUCCUC